AUGUCUUCACAACAGACCGAGUUCUUCAAGGACAACCUCCCCGCUCAGCGUGAGGUCACCACCCCCGACUCUGUCCCCAGUUCUCCUGAGCUCGGAAGCUCCAGCUCAAGUGACAGCAUCGCCAGUCUCGGGUCUCCCGCCUCUCCCAUCUCCCCUCCCAUCUCGCAGCCUGUUGCCGACUCGUUCGUCUUCGCUUUCGACAUCGAUGGUGUCUUGGUCCGUGGUGGACGAGCGAUUCCUGAGGCCAUCCAGGCCAUGAAGGUUCUCAACGGCGAGAAUGAGUAUGGCAUUCAAGUGCCUCAUAUCUUCCUCACCAAUGGUGGUGGUAAGACUGAAGAGGAGCGAUGUGGCGAUCUCUCAGGUCAGCUCAAGUGCGACAUCAAGCCUGGCCAGUUCAUCUGCGGCCACACUCCCAUGAGGGAGAUGGCUGAGAAGUAUGGCACCGUGCUUGUCGUCGGUGGUGAGGGCGAGAAGUGUCGACAUGUUGCUGAGGGCUAUGGCUUUAAGGAUGUUGUCACACCUGGCGACAUUAUCAAGCACAACGCCGCUACCACCCCCUUCCGCAAGCUUACUGCUGAGGAGCAUGCCAACUCCCGUGAGCGAGACUUCUCCGAUGUUGUCAUUGACGCUGUCUUCGUCUUCGCCGACUCUCGCGAUUGGGCUGGAGAUAUUCAGAUCAUGCUCGACGUGGCUAUGUCAAAGGGUGGCCGUUUGGGUACUCGCAGUGAGACCAACGACGAGGGUCCCCCCUUCUACUUCUCUCACAACGAUGUUGUCUGGUCUGCUGCGCAUGAGCAUGUCCGUCUAGGUAUGGGAGCCCUUCGCCGCAUGUUCGAAGUUACCUUCAAGGAUCUCACUGGCGGUAACGGCGUUCUACACACCCACGCCUUUGGAAAGCCUCAAGUUUCUACCUUUGAGUUUGCCUCCCGUCUGAUGGGCCAGUGGCGUCAGACCGAGCAUGGUCUUGUUGCUCCUCCUGAGACUGUUUACUUUGUCGGUGACACUCCUGAGAGUGAUAUCCGAGGUACCAACGCCGUGAACAAGGUUGCCGACAAUGAUUGGUACAGCAUUCUCGUCAAGACCGGUGUCUACCAGGAGGGUACUGAACCUGCCUAUAAGCCUCGAGUUACUGUUGAGAAUGUUCUUGAUGCUGUUAACCACGGCAUCAAGCGUGAAAUGGAGAAGAAGGCGUCAAAGGGCCAGAUGUCCAAGCCUACCCUUAUCCCUGAGUCCGGCAUCACAGAGAUUGCUGUCGACAUGGAUGGUAUCACCAUCUAA